AAAUAAUUAUUUAUGGGUUGUAAAAAAAAAGUAUCAUAGCACAUCAGCAAUAAAUCUGGUGACGUAGUGAGAUGAUAACAAAAAAUUGUGACGUUUAUUUAUAAGCAGAUAUUUAAAAUAAAAUGAAGAGAAAAAAAACAAGUGUAGUGUAUAUUUAGUGCGCUGGUGAGAGUGUAUGGAAUAAUCUCGAAUGUGACGUCAGUGGGGAAUACAGAUAGGCCUGUAGCUAAAGUAUUUAUUGGUAGUUGUAGUUGUCGAGUCGAAAAGGCCGAGAGAUUAAAGAAACGGGAGAGUGAGAGAGAAAGAGCUUGUCGACGCAAAGGUGGCUGCGCAAAGGAAUUUAAUUUGAGGAGGUGGUCGAGGCAUCCGCCGUUGUCGUCGUCGUCGUUGUUGUCCUCGUCGUCAUCCUCAUCCUCGUAUCUUACACCAACUUAUUAUUAUUAUUUAAUUAAUCUCAGGCUCAGGAUAUCACUCGGGAUUAUAGAUCGGGAUAAUACUCGCGAGACCAAAAGAGAGAGAAUAUUUUACGUCUGAUAAUAAGACAAACACCAUCAUGGGUGCUCUUAACCAGUGUACACUUGUUCUGAAAAGAAGUGCCAGAGACCUGAGGGGGAGGCUAAAUAAGUAAAGAGAAAACCUAUCAACCUUGCCUAUUGUCUUCAGCACAACUAAUAACCUUUAUUUUUCAAAUUUAUGUAUUUUUUUACUCCAUAAAAACUCCUUGGGCUAUUAUAAUUACUAUUACAACUUACAAAUUAUCAGCGUGAGCAAGUGAAACGUGAUCGUGGUGUUGGCAAGUAUUUUUUGAAAGUGGAUUUUUCGAGCCAACGAAGGUUAAACGUUGUAAUUAUUGACUCCAAUAACAGGCAAAUAAAAUAAAUACCAGACUAAGGUGUUACAAUUAAACGGAUACAUUUAACUGGUAUUUUUGACGUUAAGAAUGGAGGCUACCGCUAAACAUGAUUUUACAGCAACAGCUGAGGACGAGCUCAGUUUUCGCAGAAAUCAGGUUUUAAAGAUUCUAAACAUGGAGGACGAUAUGAACUGGUAUAGAGCUGAACUGGAUUCAAAGGAAGGUCUGAUACCUAGUAAUUACAUCGAGAUGAAGAAUCACGACUGGUACUAUGGCCGGAUAACGAGAGCUGACGCCGAAAGACUCCUCUCGAAUAAACACGAGGGUGCCUUUUUGAUAAGAAUCAGCGAGAGUUCUCCUGGAGACUUUUCACUAUCUGUCAAAUGCUCUGAUGGCGUUCAACACUUCAAAGUCCUGAGAGAUGCACAGGGUAAAUUUUUUUUGUGGGUAGUAAAGUUUAGUAGCCUUAAUGAAUUAGUGGAAUAUCAUCGUACGGCAUCAGUAUCACGUUCUCAGGACGUUAAGCUACGUGACAUGAUACCAGAGGAGUGUUUAGUACAAGCCCUGUAUGAUUUCACACCACAAGAACCUGGUGAACUUGAAUUUCGAAGAGGUGACGUUAUCACUGUAACAGAUCGCACGGAUCAGCAUUGGUGGCACGGGGAAAUUGGAAAUAGACGGGGAUUAUUUCCAUCUACAUAUGUUACUCCUUAUCAUUCUUAGAUUAUUGUUGCCAACAUCCAUUAAGGACCAUAAUCGCCUCUAUCAUGUACAGACAGAAUCAGAUAAGCUGCUAAAGUAAUCGGACAUUAUUUUCUCAUCGUGUGGGCUACUUGGAAGUAAUUAAAGAAAGAAAAAAAAAAAAAAAAAAGUAAAAACUAAAACACCAAUAAAUAAAUACAUUCGACUUGAUUUUCAUAUGCCAUUCUGUUGCCAUUCUUCAUGUCAUUAUUAGCUUAUAAAAUUAUUAUACAUGUAUGAUAUUUGAUACUAAUUAUUACUCCAUUAUUAUUAAUUAUAAUUAUUAAAUACUUAACGUAUUAUAUAGAAUAUCCGUUUAUGUCGCAUAAGUUGCUCAUCAUCACUAUAACGAUUUCAAUAGUUAUUGUUAAAGA